GGUGUAACUCCAUCCGAUGGCCACAUCAUGGGCAGCAGUAGCUACCCUGAUAUUGACAUCGGGGAGAGGAGAGGCACUUGCGCGCACCAAAAAAGGCAAGACAAGAAGAUCGGAGAGCUGGAGAGAGAGGUGGCGUCUCUGAAGGCGGAGGAGAAGGCGCGUCAAGCCAAGAAGGAUCUGGAGAGAAGGACGCAGAUGGAGAGACUCAAGGUGGAGUCGAAGCAGAGACGAAGACAAGUGGAGCGCAUGACAGCGGAGAUCGAGCGGCAAGAACGCGUGCAGGAGAUGCAGAGGAAGAGGAUGGAGAUGGACCUGCUCAGCAUGAAGAUGGUGAUGUGCGCAGUGGAGCGCGGAGGAGAUGCGGAGGUGGAGAGGCUGAGGGCCGAGCUGUACAGGAAGAGGGCCGAGAUGAGGAGGCUCGCGGAGGGGGCCGUGACAGGAGGAGGCCUACAUGACACACAGGUGGAUGAAGUAACGACUCUGGAUGAGAGAAAGCCAGCAGAGCUGAUGAAGAGGAUUGAAAUGGAUAGAAGUCAGAAUGCAGAAUUGGAGAGAAACGCGAAAGAACACACACAGAGAAAGAAUGAGGAGUUGAAACGGGAAAGAGAGGAGGAAGAGCGGAGAUUGAAGACGUUAAAACGUGACAGAGAGGAGGAACAACAGAGAUUGGAGAAGGUGGUAAUGAAGAGAAUGGACGAGGAGAGAAAGAAUGAGGAGUUGAAACAGGAAAGAAAAGAGGAAGAGGAGAGAUUGGAGAAGGUGGUGGAGCUACGGAGAAAGCUGGAGAAGGUGGUAAUGAAGAGAAUCGAUGAGAAGAGAAAGAAUGAGGAGUUGAAACGGGAAAGAAAAGAAGAAAUGGAGAGAUUGGAGAAGGUGAAACGGGAAAGAGAGGUGGAAGAGGAGAGAUUGGAGAAGGUGGUAAUGAAGAGAAUCGAUGAGGAGAGAAAGAAUGAGAAGUUGAAACAGGAAAGAAAAGAGGAAGAGGAGAGAUUGGAGAAGGUGAAACGGGAGAGAGAGGAGGAAGAGGAGAGACUGGACAAGAUGGUGGAGCUACGGAGAAAAUCUGAGGCGUUAGACAGGCAGUCGCAAGAGGAAAGAGAUGAAAGAGAGAAGCAGUUUAAGGAGAUGGAGGAAGUGAUUGACGUGGCACUUAAAGUAAAGGAGCUGGAAGGAACAUUGGACGCCUUGAGGAAAGAGAAUGGAGACGUUGAAACCGGAGAGUUGGUAAUGAAGAGGAUGGACGCGGAGAGAAAGAAUGAGGAGUUAAAACGGGAAAGAAAGGAGGAAGAACAGAGAAGACGGUCACAAGAGGAAAGAGACGAGCAGUUUAAGGAGAUGGAGGAAGUGAUCGACGUGGUACUGAUUGACGAGGUGCUGAAGGUCACAGAGCUGGAGGGAACAUUGGACGCCUUGAGGAAAGAGAGUUACGACCUCAGUGUGCAGUUAGGCGAAGAAACAAAUGAUGUGGAGAGAAAGAAUGAGAAGAUGAAACAGGAAAGAGAGGAGGAAGAACAGAGAUUGGAGGACGUCAAACUGGCGGAGGCGAUGGACAGAUGGUCGCAGGAGGAAAGAGAGAAAAGAGAGGAAAGAGAGAAAAGAGAGAAAAGAGAGGAAAGAGAGGAGGAAGCGCAGUUUAAGGAGAUGGAGGAACUGAUUGACGAGGUGCUGAAGGUCACAGAGCUGGAGCGAACAUUGGACGCCUUGAGGAAAGAGAAUCACGACCUCAGUGUGCAGUUAGGCGAAGAAACAAACUGUGUGAAGUUGGACACAGAGAAGCUGACACUGCAAGAAAUGGAGAGAUUGGAGAAGGUGAAACAGAAAAGGGAGGAGGAAGAGCAGAGAUUGGAGAAGAUGAUGGAGCUACGGAGAAAAUCUGAGGCGAUAGUCAAACGGUCGCCAGAGGAAAGAGAGGAGCAGUUUAAGGAGAUGGAGGAACUGAUUGACGUAGUGCUGAAGGUCUCUGAGUUGGAAGGAACAUUGGACGCCUUGAGGAAAGAGAAUUACGACCUCAGUGUGCAGUUAGGCGAAGAGACAAACGGUGAGCAGCUGGACACAGAGAAGCUGACACUGCAGUUAGACACAGAAAAGCAGACACUGGAAGUGGUGGAGAGGAGCAAAAGAGAGGAGCAAAAAGACACAAAGAGAACAGAAAUGGAGAGAGGGCUGCUAGCGGAGACAUCAGGCACACGGACAAUGGAGGUGAAGCUGAAAAGACAGGAUAAGCAGAGAUGGAUGAGAGAGGAGACGCCGCCGCCGACCACCUCGCGCACCCAAGCAUUGGGGAAAGCCACAGCAGAUACCGUGCAGCUAUGGGCGGAUGAGAAGAAAAAACUGAUCGAGAUGAAGAACAACAAUAAUAACGAGCAGCAGGAGAGGAUCAGAGAGCUGGGACUAGAGGAGGCUGUCCAAAGAGAAAAGGAGUUCGAGAGGGAAGAGAAAACAAUAGAAAUAACAAUGGUGAAAAAAGAAAAGCUACGGAGAAAAUCUGAGGCGAUAGACAGAUGGUCGCAGGAGAAAAGAGAGGAAAGAGAGGAAAGAGAGGAGGAAGCACAGUUUAAAGAGAUGGGGGAACUGAUUGACGAGGUGCUGAAGGUCACAGAGCUGGAGCGAACAUUGGACGCCUUGAGGAAAGAAAGUUACAACCUCAGUGUGCAGUUAGGCGAAGAAACAAACUGUGUGAAGUUGGACACAGAGAAGCUGACACUGCAAGAAAUGGAGAGAUUGGAGAAGGUGAAACAGGAAAGGGAGGAGGAAGAGCAGAGAUUGGAGAAGAUGAUGGAGCUACGGAGAAAAUCUGAGGCGAUAGUCAAACGGUCGCCAGAGGAAAGAGAGGAGCAGUUUAAGGAGAUGGAGGAACUGAUUGACGUAGUGCUGAAGGUCUCUGAGCUGGAGGGAACAUUGGACGCCUUGAGGAAAGAGAAUCACGACCUCAGUGUGCAGUUAGGCGAAGAGACAAACGGUGAGGAGUUGGACACAGUGAAGCUGACACUGGACGUGGUGGAGAGGAGCAAAAGAGAGGAGCAAAAAGACACAAAGAGAACAGAGAUGGAGAGAGGGCUGCUAGCAGAGACAACAUGCACACGGACAAUGGAGGUGAAGCUGAAAAGACAGGAUAAGCAGAGAUGGAUGAGAGAGGAGACGCCGCCGACAACCUCGCACAACCAAGCGUUGGGGAAAGCCACAGCAGAUACCGUGGAGCUAUGGGCAGAUGAGAAGAAAAAACUGAUCGAGGAGAUGAAGAACAACAAUAAUAACGAGCAGCAGGAGAGGAUCAGAGAGAUGGGACUAGAGGAGGCCGUCCAAAGAGAAAAGGAGUUCGAGAGGGAUGAGAAAACAAUAGAAAUAACGAUGGUGAAAAAGGAAAAGAAAGGAAAGAGAAUACUGAGGUGGCUGAAGAAGAGACUGAGGAUUUAAAACACACA